AUGGGUCGAAAUAAUACAUUACCAAAUGAUUUUACAGUUGGCUACUACUUGUCAGAUUCCAAAAUCAAUAAAUUAAAAUGGAAUUUAUUUGUAGAUAUGUGCAAAGAAAAGUAUAAUAUUAAUGUUGUACCAAUUGAUAUGAAUAAAGAUAUUAAUUCAAUCAAUACAAGACCAUAUCAUGUAAUAAUUGAUAAACUAACUGAUGAGUUAGGUGACCUUGAUAAUCCAUCAAAUAAACAAAAAGUUGAUUAUAUUCAAAGUUUAAUUGAUAAAUUCCCAUCAAUAGUUGAAGUUGAUCCAUUAGAAUCACAAAAACCAGUAUUAAGUAGAGAUACAUUAACUAAACUUUUAGAUAAAUUAAAUGAUGUAUCACCAGAAUUAAAUAUAAAGAAUCCAAAAUUUGUAUUAGUACCAGAAGAUUAUAAUAAUAAUGAUUAUAAUCAAUUAUUAAAAGAUGCAAAUAUUAAAUUCCCUGUUGUUUGUAAAACGAUUAAAGCUUGUGGCUCAAAAGAAUCACAUUAUAUGGGAAUUGUAUUCAAUGAAAAAGAUAUUCACCAAUUUAAACAACCAAUGUUAAUUCAAGAGUUCAUUAAUCAUAACGCAAUUAUUUAUAAAGUAUUUGCAAUUGGUGAUUUUAUUCAAGUUGUACAUAGAAAAUCAAUAAGAAAUAUGAAUGAAAAUGAAAAUGAAUUAAUUAAAUUUGAUAGUCAAAAACCAUUCCCAACUAGUUUAUUACCAACAGAUGGACAAGAAUUAAAGAUAGAAAUGCCAAGUAAAUCAACAUUAUCAGUUAUUUCAAAAGAUAUUCAAAAGAAUUUAGAUAUUUCUUUGUUUGGUUUUGAUGUAAUUGUUGAUUGUGAAACAAAGAAACUAGCAGUUGUUGAUAUUAAUUACUUUCCAACUUUUAGUGGUGUAGAUGAUUUUUAUACUUUAUUAAUUGAACAUGUAAUUAAUGUUUAUAAAAGAAAAUCAUCGGUAUAA